UAUAUUAUCUUUGAUAUAGAGUAUUCUCACCUGUGACGUCAAGCGCUCCAAUCGGUCUGCGGGGGAAUAGCCGAAAACUUUGAUCCGUAUGCUCGUAAAGAUAUAGAUUUUUAGUGAAAAUGUGAGCUCAGUGCCGUCGGUGACAAUAGUAGAUAAAAUGUAGUGUCAUAUUUUAUUCAAUCUCACAGUUUUUACACUGCAAAACAAGUGAAAGGAUAUAAAAGUUUGGAAGCUCAUAAGUUUUAUGAAGCGGGUUUUGUGAUGAAAGUAAAGUGCAAGCAGUUCAAUGAUACUUUUCUGCUUCUAAGUGAGGUCAAAAAUUCGCAGCGUUUGAAUGACACGAAUUUAAAACCGUGGAUUAUUUUAAAUGAUGAUGCAUCAAUUGAAAGUGCUCAUGGUACAUGCAUGGCUGGUCUGGGAGAGGUAUGCAGAAAUAUUGCAGCAGUCACCUUUUUCCUUCUGCAUAGACUGAAUCCUGAGACGCUGUCUUGCAGUGACCAAUUAGCUGCAUGGUCAGUACCCCCAGUUAACAGAGCAAUAAUUCCACAAAAGAUAUAGGAUAUACAUUGGGGCAGAAACAGUGAUUAUUACGACGCUUGCUUAGAUGAUGUACAACCCAUCGAUGGAGAGAGCCUAAAAACAUUUCUGGAAGAAAUCGAAGAAGCUGAGCCGCAUGCAGCAAUAUUGCGAGUGAUAGAGCCGUUUACUUCACGAAGAAAUGCGAAAGAAGUAAGAAAUUUGCCACUCCCAUUGGCGGACCUGUACGAAGAAAAGUACAUGAGUUACACGCUGCAGGAUUUACUCGAAGUUGAGGUUGACGUCAGGAUGACGGAGGAACCACAGCGUGCUGUUUUUGCACAAACAGUGACACAAAACAAGUGUCUCAGCUGGUACACGUUUAAAGCAGUCAGGAUUUCAGCUUCAAUGUUUAAAAGUGUUUGCCGUACAUCUGUGGAAAAGCCAUCCCUAUCCUUAAUCAAAAGUUUCUGCUACGCUAUAUCGAGGACAUUUAAGACGAAAGCUACGGAGUAUGGGCUCAAACACGAAGACUCAGCAAGAACAGAAUACCGGAAAAUCAUGGAACGUGACCACAGGAAUUUCCGUGUCGCUAAAGCAGGCUCUGUAGAUUCUCAGGACUAUCUAGUUCUUGGAGCAUCUCCGGAUGGCCUCACAAAAUGUAACUGCUGCCCUCUAAGUUGUGUGGAAAUUAAAUGCCCAUACAGGAUGAAGUCUCCAGACAUCACCAUGCAAGAAUUUUCACUGGUGGAAAGGUCAUUCUUACGCAGGGAAGAUGACGGUGCUUUCAAACUGGAUAGAGAGCAUGCCUAUUUUUACCAAAUACAUCUGCAAAUGCAUGCGACACGUACCACUCAUUGCGAAUUCGUUGUGUGGUCGAAAACUCAUUUAAGUGUAGAGCGCAUCUAUUUUGACAGUACAUUUCUUGAGAAGCAAUUAGAGAAGGCCCUUCAGUUUCACAAACAUGUUAUAAUGUCAGAAGUAUUAAGAAAAUGGUACACCAUGUCUAAGGAUAGACGCGUAGAUAAAGAAUUGUGUUGUGAUUGCGGUGAAGAAGACGAUGGAGAUGAGAUGAUUUUAUGCUCAAAUGAUGAGUGUAAAAAUAAGUGGUUCCACGAGAAGUGCGUGAGCUUGCCGAAUGCAAGUAGUUUGCAUUGGUUCUGCAGAACGUGCAGCAUAGAAAUUUUUAAUAUUUAAAAGGUUUGUGUUAGUGGGAAAAUUUUAUAUUAUAAUGCUCACAGAAAUGAAAGCUGUAUUUGUCAGCGUGAAUAGAUUUUAUUCACCAGAUUGAAUAACUGUCCUCAAAUAAUAAUAAAAUACAAUGUAAGAUUAGAUAACAUUACGAAAUCAUUAAUUGUAAUUCCAACGGCGAUAAACUUACAAUGUUUAAUAAAACCGAUCAUGUAUGAAU